AUAAGGAUGGUAGCGUUAUACCAGUUUACUAGUUACAACUAAAAUAGUCUCUUUCGCUGGCGUAGAUAUCUAUAAUUAAACGUUGGAAGUGACGUAUGGCACGGUGCUAUUCGCAGUGGUAGUUCUCUAGUUUGAUAGUUCUUACCGAGCACGUUGGUUCAUACGCGCGCUUCGUUCUCAUAGCUCUUUCGUCGGAGAAAAAGAGAAAAGAGAAAUUGAAUGAAAGAUUAUCUUAUAGAUAGCUAUUAGCGACAUGUAGAUGGAUAGAAUAGACAUAUAUAAAUAGAACUGGGACGAGGGAAAAUCCAUCGACUUUGCGUGCAUUUGUGAUUUCUGUAAAAUCGUUUGGAACGAUCGUUAAUUAUCGCUAGUUCGUCGAUUCGAGCAAUUCGAUGGAGGGGAAUCCAGAGGACGGAGAAUGUCCGGUAUGCGGUAAGCGGGCUCGGCUGAAAUGCAGCGGCUGCAAGCGCAGCUUUUAUUGUAGCAAGGAACACCAAAAGGAGGACUGGCCGCGACACAAAUCGACCUGCCACGCCUGGGAGAUCGAGGAAAACGAAGAGGUAGGAAGAUAUUUAGCGGCAAGGAGGGAUCUAACGAGCGGUGAGCCGAUCAUUUCGGAAGUGCCACUCGUUUGGGGAGCCGCACCUCAUACGUCUUGCAGGGUGUGCGUCGGUUGCGGUCAACGUUGCGAGGAUGUCGAAACGAGAUGCGUCAAGUGCUUCUGGCCUUCCUGCUCUACGGACUGCGACGCUCUCUUGGCUAAAGACGGCCACGAGUUGGAAUGUGCCCUUCUUGCAAAAACCAGAAUCUUUCCCAGAUGCGACGUUUUGCUAGCGAUAAGAAUGCUGAUACUUUGGAAGACAAAGUCGAAGCGUUGGAAAUUAUUGGAAAAGCUACAGAGUCACGAAGAUUCUCGCGGCUCUGGGACCGACGCGUACGAAGAGGUGCAAGAGGUAGCGAAUCAUCUUGGACCGCUUAUCGCGGUCGAUCCUUCCUGCGCUAAGAUAUUGCCUAAAAUUUGUGGACUCAUCGAUGUGAACGCGCUAGAAACACUACCGCCAGAAGGUUCCGUCGCUAUUUAUCGUACGGCUUGUCUUUUGGAACACCGUUGUUUACCAAACACACGGCACUUUUUCACUUUGAACGAGAAAGGUAGACCGAUCAUCACCGUGCUGGCUGUUACUUCGAUUAAAAAGGGCGAACACUUGAGUACGAGCUAUACUCACGCACUUUGGUCGACGAGAGCGAGGAGGCGACACUUGCUCGCGACCAAAUAUUUUUCUUGUUCCUGCGAACGAUGCGCCGAUCCAACGGAACUGGGGACGCAUCUUGGUACUCUGAAAUGUCCUUACGACGACGGUGGAUUUAUUCUUCCGAGAGAUCCGUUAGAUUUUGAAACGGAAUGGUCCUGCGAUACGUGCAAAGGUACUCUUCGGUCCUCGGAAGUCGCUCAAUUAAUGGACAGACUCGAGGAAGAAGUCGAAGAGGCAAUGAGGACCCCUAACAAGACCGUCCUUUCCGAUCUUCUUUCUCGGCUUCGCGGUCUUCUACAUCCAGGCCAUCAACAUUGCAUAUCUCUCGGACAUUCUUUGAUACAAUUAUUACCGUCGAACGAUCCACAAAAAUUCGAGCUUUGCAAUCUUAUAAUGAAUACCGUCGCCUUGGUAGAUCCGUACUGCGCGCGACUGACACUCUACGCCGCCAUUACUUUACGAGAACUCGCUAAUUGUCCAGGACAAGACAAGAAGGCACACUUGUCGAAAGCCAUGACUUUGUUGAUGCCAGAGCCUGCGAAAAGUCCUGGCGCUAAAUUACUACGACUGAUAAAGUUCGAAUUAGAAUAUCUUUGAUGGAUGAUCCUAUGCAAUCCUAUGCGUAAUCCUAUGUAAUCCUAAAAUAUUAGGUUUGAAGGGAAACGUAAAUCGAUUAAAAAGAAGAUCAAGCGGAA